UGUCCCGCUCUUCUCACGCCCUCCUUGGGAUCGGCCAAGGAUGGAGCUGGGCUGCAGAGUCUUCAUCCUCCUCCUCCUCCUCCUCCUCUUCACCCCCUCGGAGGCUCUGGCAGCCCCCUGCUCCGGUGGUGGCACCGCGGUGGCCGACGGCUGCGUUUGUCCCCCCGGCCGCUCCGGCCGGCGCUGCGAGACCCCCGACCCGUCCGGCGCCUGCCGCAACGGUGGCACCGCCGUGGGCACCGCCUGCCUCUGUCCCCCGGGCUUUGGGGGACCCCUGUGCCAGCGCCCCGACCCCCGCCAGCGCCUGCCACAACGGGGCCACCGCCUUUGGGACGCGCUGCGUGUGCCCGCCCGGCUUCCGCGGGGACACCUGCCAGCAGCGCGAGGAGGUGACGCGGUGCCUCAACGGUGGCACUUUGGAGAAGGGGACGUGCCGGUGUCCCCCCACGGCUUGGGGACCUCGCUGUGA